AUGUGGGAGAAGAAUAUGAAAUGAUAAAAAAAAUGGAGGAGUGUUCAAUAGCGUCACACUGCUGAAGGAAACAAAAGGAGGAGAACUCAGAGAAGGGAAAGAGAGAAUGAGUGAAGUUAGAUAGAGAGAUAAACAGAUGGGGAAAAACUUCCGAAGCUCAACGAAUCAGCAUGUAUAACUUUAUUCUUAAGACUUUGAUAAAGUCAGUCUAAGUUUAUUGUCAAAAAAUAAGAGAAUGCUUGGCAUUUCAGUUCUUAUGAAAAAGGUACUUUGACUACAAGUAUUAAGUCCGCAUAACCCGGGAGUACAGAGACAAAAAAAGUCAUUUAAAGGUGAGCGAAGAGGCAUCUGACUGGAGAUUUGUACAGUAGCGAUGGCGAACAGUAAGACAUUGACGGUAGUUGUCCUCCUGAGCAUCUUUUUGACAAGAAGUCACACAAGAGGAGAACACACUGCAUCACAUCUGAGUCAAGAGGAUGUGAUUGAACAAAAACUGACAGAUUUUAAAGAGCAGAUCUUUGUGGAGGGAAGCGAUGUGUCUUUAUGGUGUGCCAAUAAUGUCACUGAUGUCAAAUUGAAUGAAUUAAUAUUUAUUGUGUGGAACAUCAGUAUGCAGGGCAAAAAAUGUUAUCUUGGUUCAGAAACCAAACUGGACAACACUUGUAAUGAUGGAAAGAGGCUGUACAACACUUCAAAUGGAGUUUCAUUAUUCAUUCCCAAGAUUUCAAUGGAAGAUGAAGGAUUUUACUAUUGUGAUUUAUCAAUAAAAGGAGGAAGCAAAAGUGUAAAUGUCUCUGUAAGCGUUAUCCGCCUGAAAACUCGUCUGGACAUUGAACAUGGUCAGAGGAUUGCUGUCUGUGAGGCCACAUAUAAAAAGACGAAACCCACUCUUCACUGGGAACCUGCCAUGAACUUUUCCUUCAUACACAAGCAGAUGGACAAUUUUUUAAUUAUUGAGAGUCGAGUACAUCUUCCUGAUAAUGUGACCAUCAGUAACCUCACCUGUGUGGCGUCAUACCCCUCUGUGUCCGGCUCUCUGCGACAGAAGAGCACACUGGAUAUUACAACACGAGGAAAAGAAACAAGAAUAUCUACAUGGGAAAUUAUUGGCAUAUCACUCGGUUCUGUUUUUUUGAUUCUUGCGUCUCUGGCCGCGGCUUACCUACUAUGCAGAAAACGCAAGCACAUAAGUUCAUUGAAGAUGCUUUGCUGCAAAUCCAAAAUCUCACCACCAGCUGAAGACAAACCACCCCAGCCCACUAAUGUGGAAGAGGUGGAGCCUUAUGCAAGUUAUAUACAGCGAGUCAAUUCCAUCUACAACUCCUCAGCUGAACUCUGCAAUGCCUAACCGACACAACACACACUCACUUUUCAUGAUGAAACAGGAUGCCAGAAGAGCACUGAAAAUUAAGAGGGCAAAGACAUUUCUGUGGUUAAAAUUGCACAUUGAAAACAAUACUAGUGGAAAACAGUCAUCUCAUGAGAGCAUCCCAAUGCGAACAGCGCCUGACUGAGGAACAAAAGUCACACUGAGUCAAAUUGUGAACGAUAAUGACAGAGGAACAUUUGUCUCAGUAUAUGAUGAAGAAUGACUGGGACAACUUCGGAAUCAGUGAUAUCACUAAUAUGUAGAUUUGUAGACAGUACCUUAGAUAUUAAUCAUUUAAUCGUUCUUUUUACAUUUGUACAUAUCUUUCCUUUCUGAGAGUUAAAGGUCAAAAUCAACCCAUUGUCCGCUAUUAACAAUACUAAAGUUUUUAAAUAUUGCAAAGGAUUCAAAUUAUGUAAAUAUUUUUUUUUUUAUCACUUUUCAGUA